CAUUUUUCACUGUCACCAGUCGCUAGCAAGGAAGAGGGAAAAAAACAAGUACAAAGACCUAACGUCCUGCUCCAUCUUUUCUUCGUCUUCUCACUAUCAUCAUCAGACAACAGAGUCCUUGCAAUCAAUCACACAGGAUGAGCUCAGCUAUGGAUUCCACUCCUCCGUCUCGUCGUUCCGAACCCCGCCUGCAUAUCAAAUCCGCUUCUCGACUUGCUCGCUUGGAGGAUUUUGGUGCUGAACCUGAGGACAUCCCCCACUUUGAUGCCAUCCCUUCUUCUCCUAAUGGAAGCCCGUCACCUUCUCAUCCCUCUCGACAGGCGCUUCCCCUUCAAGAGCUUCUCCUCUCUCCUUCCCCUCUCAGAAGAUCGAAAACCCGGCUUGUCGAAAAGGCUGAAAUAGCAGAAGAGCCAAUCGAUCACCUGGGUUCUCGCAGGCGAUGCAAGAGCAAAGCUACUUCAAUGUCUCUAUUAAGCUGCCCGUCGCCAAGAAACAGCCGGCGGACACGACGGAGAUUGGAGCACGAGAUUCGAGAAGAUAUGGGUUUGGGAGAUGAGAUCGGGAAAGCAAGAAAAAGAAAGAGUACCCGAUCUCGAAAGGAGAAACCUAGUCUAGCCCCUUCAGUUCCUUCUCCAAAAACCAAGGGCGAUGAAGAUAAUAGCAGCAUAGAUCGCAUUGGGCAGUUCAUAUCCGAUUUGAUUAUGUGGAAAGAUGUUGCUAAGUCAAGCCUCUGGUUUGGGUUUGGGUCUCUCGGUUUUUUGUCUUCUUGUUUUACCAAAGGAUUAAACUUUAGCAUUUUCUCUGCGGUUUCCCAACUGGGACUUUUGUUUUUGGGUGCAUCAUUUUUCUUUAACUCAGUCUCCCAAAGGGAUAAGGAACAGAAGGAGUUUAUGCUAAGAGAAGAUGACAUUGUAAGGGCAGCUCGAGUAAUGCUUCCUGCUGCAAACCUUUUGAUUGCAAAGACAAGACAGCUUUUCUCCGGCCAGCCAUCCAUGACUCUCAAAGUAGCACCAUUCCUCCUUUUUGGAGCUGAAUAUGGCCACUUGAUGACUCUAUGGAGACUAUGUGCAACUGGAUUUUUUGUUACCUUCACUGUUCCCAAACUCUACUCUUGCUACCAUGAGUCGAUAAACAAGCAAGUUAAGUACCUGAGUAGUUGGAUGAAGGAAACAUGGGAAGCCUGCUCCCACAAGAAGAUUGUGGCAGCAUCUGCAGCUACCCUCUUUUGGAAUUUAUCCUCUUUAAAGACACGUAUUUUCACAGCAUUUAUUUCCUUGGUACUGCUCCGUUUCCAUCGACAAUACUCGCAGAUAGAAGUGGAAGAAGUGGAAUGGGAAAAUCAGCACCAGCAGCAGCAGGACAUGAUGGUAGUAGCUGAAGAGGAACAUCAGCAGCAGCAGCAUCAAGCCUUGGUUGCAGUGCAAGAGAUAUCUAAAAAUUAGCAGUUUUAGACUUCUAGUCUGUAUCCCAUAAUAAUUGUGUACUGUUUACAUUAGUAAGCUGAUGAAACUAGUAUCAAAAUGUAUAAAUUCCUCCAAUGCAAUAAUACUGAAUAUAUUAGUUCAUAAAAUGAACACAAUGUUCCUCUUUUCUGUGA